AUGUCAAAAUCAGAUACGUCGGGUAUCUCCGAUGCAAACGAAGCGGCUGCAGCAACAACGAAGCCGACAUUAUGGCAACGCUUCAAGACGCACAUGAAAAGAUUCUGGUGGGCGUAUUUAAUCGGGUUUUGCGGUGCUGUUCUAGUAAUCAUCCUUCCUAUCUUCUAUGUUGGAAUCCCCAAUUUCGCGAAUGAUUAUAUCAACAAAUACGAGUAUGACUAUGACGGCCUCCGAAUCACGAAUCCUCGCCCCACUGCCUUCCAUGUUAAGCAAUCGAAAAGUCUUAAAAUGGGAGGUGGAUUCAGCGGCAGCGGUCAUUUAACCGCGUUCAACGCCACUAUCCGAGUGAAAGACACGGAUGAGAUCUUCGCGGUAUUCCCGGUGCCAGAAAUUCAGUUUAGCAAUGGCGCCAGCUUUGAUAUUGAUCACGAUUUGGACCUUUCUUGUGUUGACUGCUUGUCAUCGUUGGCUACUUCAGCCGCAUCUAGCAAGAACUCUUCUCUAUUGGUUGAAGGUACACCGGAUCUUAAGUUUGAGGGUCUCCCGACUGCUCAUUUGAAUAUCCAUAAGAUCAUGAAUGUGAAUGGUUAUAAUGUUACAGAAUUCAUUAACACCGAUGGAGCUUUCAAUGUUACCAGGGUGGAUAUCCUAGAUGAGCCAGUGGAUGGAUUUAACUUCAAUGCUACCAUUACUGUUCGCAAUCCGAGCCCCUACAUCGUGGAACUGGGGCAUGUGACAUUCAAUCUAUCUAUGGGUGGCUCAGACUUGGGAUAUGUCGAUCUUCCCUAUCUAUUUUUGGACAAAAACGGCACUACUACCGAAGUUUUUGGCUCGAUCGAUAAGUCAAUGUUAAUCCACGAGGCCGUGUUGGGUGAUGACGACUUUGGUGUUGUGACCAUCGAUGUCAAGGGAAACAGCUGCGAUUUCAACGGAAAGGAUAUUCCAUAUUUUGCUGCAGCAAUCAAAGCUGUUUCUGCGUCUGCGAGGCUCGACCUGCUGAAAUACGCAUCAAGUCUGUUCUCUGACUCAUAUGGUUGA